CAAGUAUUGACGGACGGGGCCAUUGAGAUUUGGCGAUAAGAGAACGACUUCAACUUCCACCAACAAACCAACCACUGUACAUUUCCUGGUCUGUACAGCACCCGUUCUGUUGUACAUAUUUCAUUGUACAUAUAUUGUUGUCUGCCUGUACCUACUCACUGCGCCUUUCCACCAUUGCAAGCGCCUAUGGUCGUGUGACGCGAACGAGAUCCUGCUCCCCGACCGAGGCCAAGCCUACGAUCCUCCGUGCUCUUGCACCCUAGUCGCAGUCCAACAGCCGUCCAUAACGCAGACUGCAGUAUUUUUGGGCAGAAGCGACGAGAGUUGCCUGGCUGCACAGGCGAGGUUCAAGAGCUUGAGCUGCCUUACAAUGUGCUGUGGCCGCGGCCACCAGUUUUGCGACAAUGGUAUGGCCGCGAAGCUCGUCACUGGGAAUAGACAACGCAACAUCUAUGGCACGAAUACGAAGUCGGGGCGACUCCGAUGUCGAGAAGGAGGCCUUCUCUCGGUCACGACUGAGCAGCGACGAUGACCAUGAAGCAGUCAUGGACGAGGACGAUCCUUCUUUCGCAACUUCUCGAUCGACUUCCUCCUCCUACAAGCCAAUGCUGAUAAACAAUGCCUAUGCCUCGAAGAGGUCUUCCUCACCUCCAUACCUGGGUAGAAUGCCCAGGUCGGUCAUGCGAUGGGUAUGUUUAGGCGUGGCGGCUGGUCUGUUGGUCUUCAUAUUUUCCCUGGUCCGGAUGAGUUGGAAUGCCGACAAGGAGGUUCAAGUGGCCAUCCAAGAAGAGAAGAUAAAACCGAAGCCUCCGCCGUGGGAGAGUUUUCCUUUUUUGGAGAGAUAUUAUGGCGGUGUGCGCUCCUUGGUACCUUCAACUUCCAAUGUGCCAGAGUAUCCGCAGAAGGAGGACGAGGUGCCGAUGGAAAAGCUGGAUCUACCUGAAGAGCCGCCGUUGGAUCCACCAGAGACUUCAAACAAGAAGAAAAGGGCAAUUCCACCCAGCAAAAUAUUCAAUCCUUACCCCAAUUACACCUCUCCUGAAUACAUUGCCCAACACGGUGAAAAGGUGGACUGCUUCUUGGAUGACAAGAAUACGAUAUCAAUCCCGCAGGUACGAAUUUACGAAGGUGUUCCUCGAGGCUUUCCCGACGCGGUCAUGGGCUCUGCGGAGUUGCUUGGUCUGCGGACAGACAUUUGCUACGAUCGGUUUGGGCGGCUGGGGCCAUAUGGGCUUGGAUACAGCAUUAAUCGGGGCGGCAGUGGCGCGCAACAGGAAGGUGAAAGAGAGGGAGCUGAUGCAGUGUGGGAGGAGACGCCCGAAGUGGAUUUCAGGAACGUUAAAUGGGCAGAUGCUCAAAACAGAUGUGUUCUUGCUAACAAGCAUCGAUUUACCGAAUUACCCAAGCCUCGAAUUGACAAGUUCAGAGCCAUGCAAGUGGGCAGUAUGCAAAAGAGAGGUGAGCCGUUCGACUUUUCGGCUAUGCCGACAAAAGGGUCGGUCAACGUCAGAGCCGGACCAGAGAAACUGCCUCGAAUAGCUGUUGUGAUUCGGACCUGGUGGGAUUACCCAUAUACCCCCGAAGACAAGAUCUACAUACGAUCGCUCAUAUCAGAGUUGAGCAUGCUUAGUGGAGGAGAAUAUGUUGUCCAUUUUCUCAUUCAGGUCAAAAGCAAUGAUGUGCCCAUCUUCUCCGACGACGAGACUUAUGAACGUGUCCUUCGAGACGCACUACCCGAAGAGUUUCGCGGCAUGGGCACUCUUUGGACAGAAACACAGAUGCUGCUGAUGUACGGUGGCCUGGAAGAAACCUGGAUGCGAGAUCUACCCGUACAUGGUGUCUACCGCAGCACAUUCAUGCCCAUGCAAUACUUUGCGUAUCAGCAUCCCGAGUAUGACUUCUUCUGGAAUUGGGAAAUGGACAUUCGUACCACCCACCAUUGGUACCAUCUUUUUGACAGUGUCUCGAAAUGGGCAAAAGCGCAGCCACGGAAGCUGCUGUGGGAACGCGAUAGCAGGUUCUUCGUGCCUUCGGAGCACGGCGAGUGGGAUGACUUCAGCCAUACAGUUCGAGUGCAGACAGAACAAGGCACAAACAGUGCCAACAAUCUGUGGAGCAGCCUCAAUCGUGCCAAAGACGCCAGCGUCCCAGGCGCGGUGAAGCAACAAGGCGACAAGCCAAUAUGGGGCCCAGAACGGCCGCUGGAUGACGACGUAGCUUUCGACAGCGACCCGACUCCCCCGACCUCAUUUGAUAAAGACAAAUACACCUGGGGUGUGGGCGAGGAUGCAGAUCUCAUCACCUUCAACCCACUCUUCGACCCGGACGGUACCACUUGGCUUCUCGCAGAUGACACAACAGGAUACAAUAUCACUCGCGGUCGCCCUCCCCGGCGGACGGCCAUCAUCACGGCAAGUCGACUUAGUCGAAGGCUUCUCACCACGAUGCAUCGAGAGACGGCUGUCAAGAAACACACAAUGUUUAGCGAAAUGUGGCCGGCCAGUUGCGCUUUACAUCACGGACUGAAAGUUGUCUACGCACCACACCCAGAGUACAUUGACCGCAAAUGGCCAACAAAUUAUCUCCAGGCCGUCUUCAAUGGAGGGCGUAAUGGCGCCACUGGUGGUUCGCGUACCAGCGUAUUUGGUGAUCGAGAACACAAUUUUCGCGGCACGACUUGGUAUUACAAUGCUGGGUUCCCAGAGGUGCUUUGGCAUCGAUGGCUAGGGAUGCGAUUCAACAAUGAGGGUGGUGAGCAGGCGGAGCUGGCAGGGGAGGGCAGGAUGUGUCUGCCUGGCAUGCUACUGCAUCCCGUCAAAAGGGUUGAAUUGGUCCUGGAGGGGAGAAGAGCGGACCAGAAUCCUUGAUGGGAAGUUGUGCUGUACUCGUACUCGUAUAUAUUGGGCGUAUUUUAUUGACUGAGUGAUUACCUAUGUAUAAUUGAGUGUUUCGAUUCAA